GACGGCUGCGCAGCCGCAGUAGCUGCCGCGGCCGCUCCUAGCCCUGGGGAUCCUGGGACGAGGCCUUUCCGGAAGGAGCGGCUCGGCGUCCGGGGCUAGGCCCUUUUUCCAGGCCCGGGCUCAAGCCAGGCCCUCGUUCCAGGCCCUCGUCCUAACACAGCUCUCCGUAGCCGCCGCGACGCUCUGGUGACGGCGGAGGGCGCCGCGGGCCGCUCGCUGAGGUGGCCGGCCUCGCCGCCAAGCGAGCCGCAGUACGUGGCGGCGCCUCCCCCUUGGCCCGGAGCGGAACUGCUGGAGGAGCGGCAGCGCAGGCCGGACGGACCAGGUGAACCGGGUCACUUAACAGCUUGCUGGUGAUGAAUCAUCUGCAUGACAGUCAGAUUUGAGGUCCACAGCCCUUUGUGGUCCUGCUAUCGGACAGUUUUCAGUGGACGACUGACUGGUGUGAUCUGAGGGGUGCCGCAGGGACUGCUUGCCCUUGAUAAGGAAAGCGAGCUCCCCGGCUCUUUGGACGGCCUCGUUUCCUUGAAAGCUUUCAGAUUAUAACUUCUUUCUCCGGCACAGAGCUGUGCAAAAGGAAGGCUUUCACACAUGAAAGUGUCUCUUGGUAACGGCGAAAUGGGCGUCUCCGCCCAUUUGCAGCCUUGCAAGGCAGGAACCACACGUUUUUUUACCAGCAAUACUCACAGUUCGGUGGUAUUGCAAGGCUUUGAUCAGCUUAGAAUAGAAGGAUUGCUUUGCGAUGUGACACUGGUACCGGGUGAUGGAGAUGAAAUCUUCCCGGUUCACAGAGCUAUGAUGGCGUCUGCUAGCGAUUAUUUCAAGGCUAUGUUCACGGGUGGAAUGAAAGAACAAGAUCUAAUGUGCAUUAAGCUUCAUGGGGUGAACAAGGUUGGUCUGAAGAAAAUAAUUGAUUUUAUUUAUACUGCAAAGCUUUCUCUUAAUAUGGACAAUCUUCAGGACACGCUUGAAGCUGCCAGCUUUUUACAAAUCUUACCUGUUUUGGACUUCUGUAAAGUAUUUCUUAUUUCGGGAGUCUCUUUAGAUAACUGCGUUGAAGUUGGACGAAUUGCUAACACCUACAAUCUCAUAGAAGUGGAUAAGUAUGUCAAUAAUUUCAUCCUGAAGAAUUUUCCUGCAUUAUUGAGUACUGGAGAGUUUCUAAAACUCCCUUUUGAACGGCUUGCCUUUGUGCUUUCCAGUAAUAGUCUUAAGCACUGUACUGAACUUGAGCUCUUCAAGGCUGCCUGUCGCUGGCUAAGGUUGGAAGACCCUCGGAUGGAUUAUGCUGCAAAAUUAAUGAAGAAUAUUCGAUUUCCAUUGAUGACACCACAGGAUCUCAUCAAUUACGUGCAGACAGUAGAUUUCAUGAGAACAGACAAUACCUGUGUGAAUUUGCUUUUAGAAGCUAGCAAUUACCAAAUGAUGCCAUACAUGCAGCCAGUGAUGCAGUCAGAUAGAACUGCCAUUCGAUCUGACUCGACGCACUUGGUCACAUUAGGAGGAGUUUUGAGGCAGCAGCUGGUUGUCAGUAAAGAACUGCGGAUGUAUGACGAAAGGGCACAAGAAUGGAGAUCUUUAGCCCCCAUGGACGCUCCUCGUUACCAGCAUGGUAUUGCUGUCAUUGGAAACUUUCUUUAUGUAGUUGGUGGUCAAAGUAAUUAUGACACGAAAGGAAAGACUGCUGUCGAUACAGUUUUCAGAUUUGAUCCUCGGUAUAACAAAUGGAUGCAGGUUGCAUCUUUAAACGAAAAGCGCACAUUCUUCCACUUGAGUGCUCUCAAGGGACAUUUAUAUGCUGUUGGUGGGCGCAGUGCAGCUGGUGAGCUGGCCACAGUAGAAUGUUACAACCCAAGGAUGAAUGAGUGGAGCUAUGUUGCAAAGAUGAGUGAACCGCACUAUGGCCAUGCCGGAACAGUGUAUGGAGGCUUAAUGUAUAUUUCAGGAGGAAUUACUCAUGACACUUUCCAAAAUGAGCUUAUGUGUUUUGACCCAGAUACAGACAAAUGGGCACAGAAAGCUCCAAUGACUACAGUCCGAGGUCUGCACUGCAUGUGUACAGUUGGAGACAAGCUCUAUGUCAUUGGUGGCAAUCACUUCAGAGGAACAAGCGAUUAUGAUGAUGUUCUAAGCUGUGAAUACUACUCACCAACCCUGGACCAGUGGACUCCAAUUGCUGCUAUGUUAAGAGGUCAAAGUGAUGUUGGAGUUGCCGUCUUUGAAAAUAAAAUCUAUGUUGUAGGUGGAUAUUCUUGGAAUAAUCGUUGUAUGGUAGAAAUUGUCCAGAAAUAUGACCCAGAGAAGGAUGAGUGGCAUAAAGUUUUUGACCUUCCAGAGUCUCUUGGUGGCAUUCGAGCUUGUACUCUCACAGUUUUUCCACCUGAGGAAAACCCUGGGUCACCUUCUAGAGAAUCACCUCUUUCAGCACCUUCAGAUCAUUCUUAGGACUAAAAUGUAAUACCUUUACAGCGCAUCAUGGAUGAUCUCACACUUCCCCUUCAGUUGUUAUCUUCUUACAGCGAUUGGUACAAUUAAUUAGAUAAGUGGUAACUGAUGUUAUUUGUAUUGUUUGGCUUAGUGUGUUUAUCAUAUGGUUAACAAAUGUAUUCUGAAAAUGUAUUCAACAUAGCCAGCUGUUUUAACAGAUGUAAGAAGAUAGGUAGCGAACUGUUUUAGAUGUCUUUGUGGUGUUGUGUAAGUCAAAUUGUAGGUGAUCGUAGUAAAUGUGUAACUGUGUUCAUUAUGCUUCAAAGUGGAGAGUUUUCAUCUUUGACUUCAAAACAUCAAAGGGAGGCUGCCUGCUCUAACCUAAAAUAAUAAAAGGUCGCCAAAUAUUAUUACCACCGUCCCUUUUUUCAUAUAGUUUUUGACAUCGUUGCCAAUUCACCAGAUCGUGUGAGUGCAUUCAGAGUAUGUGAAGUUUCUUAGAAAUAAACAGGAAAGCCCUAAGUCAGGGUUUUGUAUUUCUCUCUGGAGAGGGAAAGGGAGAGAGAAAAUAUAAGGUCGUGUGUGCACACACACGCAUACAUACAUGUGUAUAUACAUUCGUAUGUCCACACAUAGGCACAUCUAAUUUUUAAAUUGAUAUUUCAUCUGUAGGGAAAUUGUUUUUAAAUUAAUUUUUUUGUUCUACCUAGCAGCUAUUUAUAUUCAAAUGGGAAUUCAGUACCAGAGAAUAAGUGUCUGUAGAGUCAUACUAAAUUGAGACAGAUAAGGGCUACAACAUAUUAAAUUGACCACCAAAUUUGUAAUUUGACUAAAUUGUCACUUCAGAUGAAACUUCUUUUACUUCUUCUGCUUGUGAAUUCUGUGGAGUUGCUUUUAUACAGGUUAUUUAGCAAAGUUCAGGUUUCUGAGAAUUGGUUUAGCUGAGUAAAUGUAAGCUGUGCUAUUUUCUACCUUUUUUAUUUGGUAAAACUUACAUGAAGACAGCUGAGAAAGGAAUAUGCUGAACAAAACUAUAGGAUUUUAAGUUCGGUUUCCCAACUUAGUCAUUCUAACAUGAUCAUUUGAUUUGGGGUGGUUGCUCCAGUUUUGUGUGAUCUGCCUCAAGGCUGUGAUUUGAGCAGGAGAGAUACAGUCAGUUCUGUGUCGAAUCAGAAUAAUGUCCUUUUGGCUAUGUCUAAAGAACAGGACCAACUUCAGAUUCCCUAAGAAGCCAGCUACAGAAAGCUUAGGACUCUGCUGUCUUUCAGGCAGUACUAAAGUCGAUGUUCAGCCUUUAAAAUACCAAGGGCACCCCUCCUGGUUGCGAAUCACAUGGGGAGAUCCUAGUGAGACUUUUUCAGCAAAAGGAGUCCUCUUUAUGUAGUGAGUGAUUCUGGAGAGGUGCUUUCCUAGAAUAAUUGCCUACCCGAAGAAAAAAUUUACAUAUGUACUUUGACAUACAUAUGAAUAUGUAUAUCCCUACACUUGGGAAGUUGUCAUAGUAUAAACCAGGAACAAUCUUUUUAUUGACAAUCCCAUAAUAAAACUCAGGAACCAAGACAAGAGGAAUUGGCUUCCAGGGAUCUGAACCUUACUGCCCAUACAAGUGUUGAUUCAUUUUAAUGCUUUUUAUGAUUUCUGCAUUGGCAGAAAAUUUCAUACUUUCUAUGUUUUUUUAAAUGACUAAUUUUUUAUUACUAAAAGUAGCACAUUGAGUACAUUUAGAAAAUAGAAAAAGUAGAAAUUGAUGUAAACUUUGUGCAUUGAAUAAGCAAGAAAUGGCAUCCCAAUCAUUUCUUUAUUAAUAAGGUUAAAUAUUUGUGUGCUUUCUUUUGAGUAGCUGUGUUUCCUGUGUUUGAAUGUUCAUGUCUUUUACCCUUGUGAUGAUACCUAUUGGAGUUGCUUUGUUUUUUCAUACCAAGUUAUAGGCUCUCUACAUAAUAAAUAUAAUUUAACUGGCA